CCGGUAUGAAAUAUACUGUAGGUCUAUCAUUAUAGUUUUAAUAAAACAAUAGGCCUUGUCUUUUGGUUGUGAGACCUUGCGCUUUGCGCUGUAGCCAUUACAUGCCUGCGAGGCUACUGAGGAAAGGAUGCAGCAUUCUCACUCACACAUCCAUCCCCAACAAAUGAGGAAACGAUCAAAUCCCAAGAGGAUUUGUCUAUAAAGAGCGCGGAACUAGUCUACACACUGGAGAUGGGUUCUGGACAGAGGACCGAACGCUCGUUCCUCGUCUCAAAUGGAGAGAUUAUAAUAUAAUUUGGAAACAUUUAUGUUGACUCUCUAAAACGAUUUUGAAAGCACAGAGCUGUAUGAAGAGGAGGGAGGACCAUGUCUGAGAAGAAAUCCUGGAGUUCAGACACCCGUCCCAAAUGUGGCAUCCGCAGCUGGAGUGCAGACAGCUACGUGUGGAGCAGCAAGAAACGCUCCCGGAGUUCCCGGAACAACCCCGGCCUUUGGGGUCCGGAGGGGGAGGGGCCGAUGGAUGAGCAGGGGGUGCGUUCCACCUCGUGUCCAUGGCAACGGCGAGAGAGGAAGUGUAGCUGCACCGUCUUGGGGGAAAUCGACACGGACGUCCCCUGUCGAAAAGCCCUUUCUCGACGCUCCCUCCGGCAGAAGUUCCAGGAUGCGGUGGGUCAGUGUUUCCCUAUCCGCAACGGCCACCGUCACCACCACGGCCACCCAACAGGGGCCUCCAGGGGGGCUUUCUCCGUGCUCCUCUGGUCCAAGCGCAAGAUCCAUGUCUCGGAGCUCAUGCAGGACAAGUGUCCCUUCUCACCCAAGUCGGAGCUGGCCCACUGCUGGCACCUCAUCAAGAAGCACGCCACCCACCCAAGCACCAUUGUGGACCUAGAGACUGCCCAAGCUGCUCAGGCUUCCCAUGCUGCCAGCAAAGAACAAUUCCCUUCCACGUCCUCGUCUCCGCCUUCGACGCCUCUUUCCUGCGAGGGCAUCUGCUCAAGUAGGCCCCUGAGCCUUGAGGACUGGGAGCCGUCCUGUCCACAAGGUGGAGCAGCCCAUGGUGACAGCCAUACCGACUACAUCCUUGUCCCGGACCUCCUCCAGAUCAACAACAGCCCGUGUUACUGGGGCGUGCUUGACCGCUUCGAAGCCGAGGAGCUCCUGGAGGGCCAGCCAGAGGGCACCUUCCUCCUGCGCGACUCGGCCCAGGACGAAUUCCUCUUCUCAGUCAGCUUCCGCCGCUACAGCCGCUCCCUCCAUGCACGAAUUGAGCAGAACGGCAAGCGCUUCAGCUUCGACGGACGCGACCCGUGCAUGUACCGGGACCCGAGUGUCACGGGCCUGCUCCGGCACUACAGCGACCCGGCCACAUGCCUUUUCUUCGAGCCCCUCCUUGCUCUCCCCCUGCCCCGGACUUUCCCCUUCACCCUGCAGCACCUGUGCCGCGCCGUGAUCUGUAGCUGCACUACGUACCAGGGCAUUGAGAUCCUUCCACUGCCCUAUCAGCUCAGGUACUAUCUUAGACAGUACCACUACAAGUGCAAUGGGGCUUGUGCAGUAUAGAACAAUUAUAAUUGCUGACUAUCAUUAUUGUCCCAAGGGUUACUACUCUUCCAUAUUGACAAUGAUUUAUCAGUUUUCAGAGACUUGUGAAGAUCCUGACUGCAAUGGGUGCUUUGUAGACUUUUUUAUUUCCUUGUGGAAAAGUUUAAUCGGACACACAAGAGACUUGAAUGGGUGGGGGAGAGUGAGAUGAUUUGAAUGAAUGUCACAGUGAAUGAUUGCAUUAUUACAGAAGCUAUGAGGAAGUGCGCAUCUUGUUUAAAAACGAUCUCAUCUGGACAAAUGUAACGUCUCAAUACAAUAAUCAUUGCCUCCCCUAUUGCCUUCUUACAGUAACUAAAUGAGCGAUAACACUCAGAAACACUUUUAGUAUGUACAUUUACACAUUUAAUGCAAUAUGUGAGGACAGUUUAAAAGUGGUUACAUGGCCCUUCAACACAUAGUCCUUGUUUUUAUACAGAACUUUUGGGGAUUUUCAUUCUCGUAACUAGAGGAUGCAGAGGGCUGCAGUCUUAUCUGAGGCCACAAGAUGGCAAUAUAAAUGCACUAUUCACACUAAUGGUAUGUUUACAGUUGCAUUACAAGUGGGUUUGUCUUGGUUGCCACAACAUUUCAUGUUUUUUUUCAGUCCCAGAAAAGUACAUACAGUGCCUUUAGAAAGUAUUCAUACCCCUUGACUUUUUCUGCAUUUUGUUGAUUUACAAAGUGGGAUUAAAAUGGAUUUAAUUCUAAUUUAUUUGUCAAUGAUCUACCCGAAAUAAUCUGUAAUGUCAAAGUGGAAGAGAAAUUAUAUAUAUUACCGUUCAAAAGUUUGGGGUCACUUAGAAAUGUCCUUGUUUUUGAAAGAAAAGCUAUUUUUUUUGUCCAUCAGAAAUACAGUGUAGACACUUAAUGUUGUAAAUGACUAUUGUAGCUGGAAACAGCUGAUUUUUUAUGGAAUAUCUACAUAGGCGUACAGAGGCCCAUCAUCAGCAACCAUCACUCCUGUGUUCCAACGGUACAUUGUGUUAGCUAAUCCAAGUUUAUCAUUUUAAAAGGCUAAUAGAUCAUUAGAAAACGCUUUUGCAAUUAUGUUAGCACAGCUGAAAACUGUUGUUCUGAUUAAAGAAGCAAUAAAACUGGCCUUCUUUAGACUAGUUGAGUAUCUGGAGCAUCAGCAUUUGUGGGUUCGAUUACAAGCUCAAAAUGGCUAGAAACAAAGAACUUUCUUCUGAAACUCAACAGUCUAAUCUUGUUCUGAGAAAUGAAGGCUAUUCUUCAACUGGCAGCUUCAUUAAAUAGUACCAGCAAAACACAAAUCUCAACGUCAACAGUGAAGAGGCGACUCUGGGAUGCUGGCCUUCUAGGCAGAGUUGCAAAGAAAAAGCCAUAUCUCAGACUGGCCAAUAAAGAUUAAGAUUGGCAAAAGAUACAGACACUGGACAGAGGAAGAUUGGAAAAAAAGUGUUAUGGACAGAUAAAUCUACGUUUGAGGUGUUUAGAUCACAAAAAAGAACAUUUGUGAGAAGCAGAGAAAAUGAAAAGAUGCUGGAGGAGUGCUUGACGCCAUCUGUCAAGCAUGGUGGAGGCAAUGUGAUGGUCUGGGGGUGCUUUGGUGGUGGUAAAGUGGGAGAUUUGUACUUGAAGAAGGAAAGCUAUCACUCCAUUUUGCAACGCCAUGCCAUACCCCGUGGACGGCGCUUAACUGGAGCCAAUUUCCUCCUACAACAGGACAAUGACCCAAAGCACAGCUCCAAACGAUGCAAUGACUAUUUAGGGAAGAAGCAGUCAGCUGGUAUUCUGUCUAUAAUGGAGUGGCCAGCACAGUCACCGGAUCUCAACCCUAUUGAGCUGUUGUGGGAGAAGCUUGACCGUAUGGUACGUAAGAAGUGCCCAUCAAGCCAAUCCAAUUUGUGGGAGGUGCUUGGGGUGAAAUCUCUUCAGAUUACCUCAACAAAUUGACUACUAGAAUGCCAAAGGUCUGCAUGGCUGUAAUUGCUGCAAAUGGAGGAUUCUUUGACGAAAGCAAAGUUUGAAGAACACAAUUAUUAUUUCAAUUAAAAAUCAUUAUUUAUAACCUUGUCAACAUCUUGACAAAAUGUCCUAUUCAUUUUGCAACUAAUUUCAUGUAUGUUUUCAUGGAAAACAAGGACAUUUCUAAGUGACGUCAAACUUUUGAACGGUUAUGUAUAUAUAUUUAUAUUAAUGGACAAUAAAACAUUGUAUCUUGAUUAGAUAAGUAUUCACCCUCUGAGCCAAUAUAUGUUAGAAUCACCUUUGGCAGCGAUUACAGCUGUGUCUUUCUGGGUAAGUCUCUAAGAGCUUUGAACACCUUGAUUGUACAAUAUUUGCCAAUUAACCUUUAAAACAUUCGUCAAGCUCUGUCAAGUAGGUUGUUGAUCAUUGCUAGAUGGACAUUUUCAAGUCUUGCCAUAGAUUUCCAAGCCAAUUUAGGUCAAAACUGUAAUUAGGCUACUCAGAAGCAACUCCAGUGUAUAGCCUUGUGUUUUAGGUUAUUGUCCUGCUGAAAGUUGAAUUUGUCUCCCAGUGUCUGUUGGAAAGCAGACUGAACCAGGAUUUCUUCUAGCCACUACACAACACAACACUAAACAAAACAAUAAAAAAAUAUAUUUAAAUUUUUUUCCCCCAAUUUCGUGGUAUCCAAUUGGUAGUGACAGUCUUGUCUCAUCGCUUCAACUCCUGCACGGACUCGGGAGAGGCGAAGGCCGAGAGCCGUGCGUCCUACGAAACACAACCCAACCAAGCCGCACUGCUUCUUGACACAAUGCCCACUUAACCCGGAAGCCAGCCGCACCAAUGGGUCGGAGGAAACUCUGUAUACCUGGCGACCGUGUCAGCGUGCACUGCGCCCGGGCCACCACAAGAGUCGCUAGUGCACGAUGGGACAAUGACAUCCCUGCAGGCCAAACCCUCCCCUAACCUGGACGAUGCUGGGCCAAUUGUGCGCCGCCCCAUGUUGCGGCUGGCUGCGACAGAGCCUGGACUCAAACCCAGAAUCUCUAGUGGCACAGCUAGCACUGUGAUGCAGUGCCUUAGACCACUGCGCCACUCGGGAGGCCCUUAAAUGUAUUUUUAUCCUAAAAAACUCUGCUAGUCCUUGCCGAUGACAAGCAUGCCCUUAACAUGAUGCAGCCACCACCAUUCUUGAAAUAUGAAGAGUGGUAUGCAGUGAUGUUUUGUGUCAGAUUUGCUCCAAACGUAAUGCUUUGUAUUCUUGACAAAAAGUGUAUUUCUUCGCCGAAUGUUUUGUGGUUUACUUUAGUGCCUUAUUGUAAACAGGAUGCAUGUUUUGGAAUAUUUUUAUUCUGUACAGGCUUCCUUCUUUUCACGCUGUCAUUUAUGUUAGUAUUGUGGAGUAACUUUAAUGUUGUUGAUCCAUCCUCAGUUAUCUCCUACCUCAGCCAUUCAACUCUGUAACUGUUUUAAAGUCACCAUUGUCCUCAUGGUGAAAUCCCUGAGGGGUUGACUUUCUCUCCAGCAACUGAGUUAGAAAGGACACCUGUGUCUUUGGAUCCAAUGUGUAAUUAAUAACUUCACCAUCCUCAAAUGGAUAUUCAAUGUCUACUUUUUAAUCAGGAUCUUUUACCAUAUCUAAUGUGUUAUAUUCUCCUACAUUCAUUUCACAUUUCCACAAACUUCAAAGUGUUUCCUUUCAAAUGGUAUCUUGAAUAUGCAUAUCCUUGCUUCAGGUCCUGAGCUACGGGCAGUUAGAUUUGGGUAUGUCAUUUUAGGCAAAAAAAAAGAAAAAAAGUGGCAGAUCCAUUUACCAAUAGGUGCCCUUCUUUGCGAGGCAUUGGAAAACCUCCCUGGUCUUUGUGGUUGAAUCUGUGUGUGAAAUUCGCUACUCGACUGAGGGACUGUACAGAUAAUUUCAUGUGUAGGUUACAGAGAUAAUGUCCAAUAAUGUUUGUACCAUGUUUUGUGCUGCUAUCAUGUUGUGUUGCUACCAUGUUGUUGUCAUGUUGUGUUGCUACCAUGCUGUGUUGUCAUGUGUUGCUGCCUUGCUAUGUUGUUGUCUUAGGUCUCUUAUGUAGUGUUGUGUUGUCUCUCUUGUCAUGAUGUGUGUUUUGUCCUAUAUUUAUAUGUAAUUAUUUUAUUUAACAUUUUUAAUCCCAGCCCCCGUCCCCGCAGGAGGUCUUUUGCCUUUUGGUAGGCUGUCAUUGUAAAUAAGAAUUUGUCCUUAACUGACUUGCCUAGUUAAACAAAGGUUGAAAAGAAUAUAUAAUAAUUAGGUACUCAUUAAAAAAACAUGUUAAACACUA